CCAUGAUCGUCGGGCGGUGAAGUUAUUUUAACUUUUUUAUUUUUAUGAAUUUUAAGCUUUGUGUUUUUCGUAUGAUUUCAUUUAAUUUAAUUAGCGUCGCAUAUAGUUAACAAUGCGUAACAUGUGUUAUUAGUGUUACUUCUGUGUUGUUUUGGUGUUGGUGGUAUAUUUUGUGUUUUGUUGAUUAUUUCAACAUAAUGAAGGUAGCCGUUUGGAGGCGACGCGCUGCGCUCAACGUCGCAGCGUGGCUAACAGUGGUGCUAUGGACGUUCGGGGCGGGCGCGGGGGCGGGCGCCGCGGGCCCGCUGGGCCCCUCGGACCGGCCCGAGGCCUACUUCAACGGCAGCUCCUACAUCCGCCUCGGGCGCCCCAUCUCGCUCAAACAGCUCGUCGGUCUCAGCUUCCGGACUUGUGUUGGCGGCGGUCUAUUCUCCCAGCGGUUCGAGGGCUACACCCUGCACGUGACGGCGACGGUGGAGCAGGUGGUGGUGUCGUGGGCGCGGCCGGGCCAGCAGCGGCGCGAGGUGGGGCUGCCGCGGGAGACCCUCGACAACCGGUGGCACUGGGUGGCGCUGCGCUACCGGCCCAACCCGCCCUCCAUGCUGCUAGAGGUCGACUCCGACCAACAGGUGAUAUCUAACGUGACGUGGAACCCGGAGCUGCUGUCGAUGGGUGCGCUGGAGGCGGGCGGCGCCGUGGUGCUGGUGGGCAACGUGUUCAGCGGCUGCGUGCACGAGGGGCCGCAGCUCGAGUUCCACGCGGCGCACGCGCAGCUACACAACGUCGUCUUCGGACACUGCCCGCUCACCACUGACGAAUGUAAAGACAGAAAAGACGUUCUACGCGAGCCUCCGAAAGACCAUUGCUACAAUGAACCCUGCAUGCGACACGGAACUUGCAUAUCGCGACAUGACAGAUAUGAGUGCCACUGCACGGCGCGGUACACGGGCAACAACUGCGAGGUGGACGCGGGCGACCCGUGCCGCUCGGCGCCCUGCCAGCACGGCGGCCGCUGCGUCGAGGACGUGCGCGGGGACUACUCCUGCGUCUGCGAGCCCGACUACCAUGGUGUGUUCUGCGAGCUGGAGGUGUCCCCGCACCCGCUGUGCGAGGGCACCCCCGCGGGCCCGUGCCGCAACAACGGCAGCUGCAGCGUGCCGCCCGCGCACGACUCCUACGUGUGCUCCUGCCCGCCCGGCUACACAGGACGCAACUGCGAGACGGACGUGGACGAGUGCGCGGGCGCCGCCGCCGCCUGCCUCAACGGCGGCCGCUGUAUCGACGCCAUCAACAACUACACCUGCGACUGCACCGAUACAGGGUACACAGGCGCGCGGUGCGAGGUGAACGUGAACGAGUGCCUGGAGGAGCGCGGCAUCUGCGGGCACGGCGUGUGCUACGACACGUACGGGUCGUUCGUGUGCGCCUGCCAGCCCGGCUACACGGGCGAGCGCUGCCACACGAUGUCGGCGUGCGCGUCGGGCCCGUGCGGCGCGGGCGGCGCGUGCGUGGAGGAGGCGGGCGGCGCGGGCUUCCGCUGCGUGUGCGCGCGCGGCUGGCUGCCGCCCACGUGCCACGCGCCGCUGGCGCCCGCGCCCGCGCCCGCGCCCCCCACGCCCCUCGCGCCCGCGCCCGACCACCCCGCCUCGUGCGCCGACCACGUGUGCCCGCCGCGCUCCCACUGCCGCGACUCCGGUAUGCCGAGUAUGGUGACCGGCGUCGUGAUCUCCAAACAAGUCACUUGUGUGUGUGAUGUCGGCUACUAUGGCGCCGCGGGGUUGUCUCCCAACUGUACGACGCUGGAGAACGCGUGCGAGGCGGGCGUGUGCCUCAACGGGGCCACGUGCGCGCUCGCCCCGGACCACUUCAACUGCACGUGCGCGCCCGGGUACAAAGGCGCGUACUGCGAGCAGGCGGCGCCGGCGCCGGCGGCGGCGGGCAAGGCGCUGGCCGAGCUGCGCGCCGAGCGCUGCGGCGCCGCGCCCUGCGACCACGCGCGCGCCUGCCACGACCGCGUGAGUAGUGCGCGCUGCUUGCUUGGCUGGAACGGACGUUUAUUGUCCGGAGACGAAUGGAGACGAAAUGAAGUGGAGUUGACAAUCACUGUGAUUGUGAUUGUUCGGUUCCGCACGUGUUCUCUCCUCUCCGAUUCAAUGGAAAGCGACCCUUACCACAUGUAUUUAAAUACUAAAGCCGGAGGAUUUCACUGUGAGUGCGAGCCGGGGUGGACGGGCGUGCGCUGCGACACGCCGGCGACGCCGGGCGCGGGCGCGGCGGCGGGGGAGCCGUGCGGGGGGCGGGCGUGCGUGCACGGCACGUGCCGCGAGCGCGACGGCGAGGCGGCCUGCGAGUGCCGGCCCGGCUACGGCGGCGCCGCCUGCGACCACGCCGCCGACUGCCGCGCCGCCGGCUGCGGGCACCACCAGGAGUGCGUGGAGCAGGGCGGCGCGUGGCGCUGCAGCGCGGCGGGCGCGGAGUCGGCGUGCGCGUCGUCGCCCUGCAACAACGGCACCUGCCUCGCGCUCGACAACGGACUCUUCCGCUGCCAGUGCCCGCCCGGGAACAAUGGACGAUAUUGUGAACUGGACAUAGACGAGUGUAUUUUGAUGCCGAAGAUAUGUAACCAAGGAGUGUGUGUGAAUGUCCCUGGCUCCUAUCAGUGCUAUUGUAAACCAGGCUAUACGGGAGAUAGUUGCGAACAAGACAUCGACGAGUGUCUGUCGUCGCCGUGCAAAAACGGCGGCACCUGCCAGAACUUAGAGAACAAUUACGAGUGCACCUGCAUGGAGGGCUUUACCGGCAAGGACUGUUCGAUCAACAUAAACGAGUGUGAGACGAGCCCCUGCGCGGCGGGGUCGACGUGUGUGGACGGCAUCGCGAGCUACUCGUGUGUCUGCCAGGACGGGCUCACCGGGCCCAAUUGUGAAAUCGACAUCGACGACUGUGAGUCGCAGCCGUGCCGCAACGGCGGGCGCUGCGUGGACGCGCUGAACGGCUACACGUGCUCGUGCGCCGGCACCGGCUUCACGGGCGACGACUGCGGCGUCAACAUCGACGAGUGCCUGUCGCAGCCCUGCCGCCACGGCGGCUCCUGCGUCGACGACGUCAACGACUACCACUGCAACUGCUACCCCGGAUACACCGGUAAGAACUGCGAGCUGGACAUAGACGAGUGCGAGAGCAACCCGUGCAAGUUCGGCGGCGUGUGCGUGCAGCGCAGCAACGCGUCGCUGUACCGCGCGGCGGGCGCGGCGCCGCUGCAGCUGGGCCCGCAGCCGCAGAUGCUGCUGCCCAACGUCUUCUACCAACCCUUCUCCCUUGAAAACGCUAGCGGUUUCGAGUGCGUGUGCGUGGCGGGCACGACGGGCGCGCGCUGCGAGGUGAACAUCGACGAGUGCGCGGAGUCGCCCUGCGGACACGGCAAGUGCGUGGACGGCGUGGGCGGGUACACCUGCGAGUGCCUGCCCGGCUACGAGGGCGACCACUGCGAGAUCGAGAUCGACGAGUGUCUCCGGUACACGCCGUGCGCGCACGGGCGCUGCUUCGACGGGCGCGCGUCGUACUUCUGCGCGUGCGAGGCGGGCUGGGGCGGCCGCAACUGCAGCGUCGUGCUCACGGGCUGCCGCGGCCAGCCCUGCCGCAACAACGGCACCUGCCUGCCCUGGCUGCAGCAGGAGACCAUGCACCGGUUCAACUGCUCCUGCGCGCCCGGGCACUACGGCACCACCUGCGAGAAGAUAACCACGAUGUCUCUGGAAAAGAGCAGCUACGCCGAAGUAAACACCUCCCGAGAAGAAGGCUACGACAUCUCGUUCCGGUUCAAGACGACCCUGGGCAACGGCCUGCUGGCCAUGGGCCGCGGACUCACGUACUUCUUCCUCGAGCUCAGCAACGGACGACUGAACCUGCACUCCAGCCUGCUCAACAAGUGGGAGGGAGUCUUCAUUGGAUCGAACCUCAAUGACAGUAAUUGGCAAAAGGUGUUCGUGACGAUAAACUCGUCGCACCUGGUGCUGGCGGCCAACGAGGAGCAGACCAUCUACCCGAUCAGCCAGAACGAGGCGUACAACUCGUCGGUGACGUCAUUCCCCAGCACGCGGCUCGGCACGGCCGGCUCCUCUUACGCCACGCUCACGCACGGACCCAACUUCUUCGUCGGCUGCUUCCAAGACGUAGUCGUCAAUAACCAGUGGGUCCUCCCGGAGGAGUCCAACAGCACGGCGCCGGAGCUGGAGGAGGGCGCGGGGGGCGCGGGGGCGGCGGGCGAGGCGGGCGACGGCAGCGUGGCGCGCGCCGAGCUGGUGGGCGUGCGGCCGCACUGCCCGCGCACGCCGCAGUGCCAGCCCAGCCCCUGCCGCUCGGGCGGCGCCUGCGCCGACCACUGGACCAGCUUCGUGUGCACCUGCCCCCGCCCGUACCUCGGCACCACCUGCCAGUACAACUACACGGCGGCGACGUUCGGGCACGAGGCGGCGCGGGCGCACAGCGUGGUGUCGGUGGAGGUGUUCGAGGCGGCGCGCCGCGCCGUGCACGCGGCGCUCGACAUCUCCAUGUUCAUCCGCACGCGCAAACCCACCGGACAGAUCUUCUACCUCGGCUCCGUGCCCAGAUACGGCCAGACGGACGAGACGCUGGUAGGCGCAUCGCUGAAGGGCGGCGAGCUGCUGGUGCACCUGCGGUUCAACCAGACGCCCGAGGACUAUACUGUGGGGGGGACGAGGCUCGACAACGGACACCUGCAUCUCAUUGAGGUGGUGCGAAACUCAACGCUCGUACAAGUAAAGCUGAACGGAACGGAAUACUUCCGCAAAUCUAUAUCUGCCGCCAAACAACUCGACGCUCAGGUCCUGUACCUGGGCGGGCCGCCGCCGGCGCCGCUGCCCCCCGUGGAGCCGGCCGCGGCCGCCCUGUCCACCAGCACGGUAGCGCCCGCCUCCACCACGCCGCGCGAGCCUGACGACGCCGACUACUUCAAGGGCGUCAUACAGGACGUCCAGGUGUCCAACGGCGUGAACGUGACGGUGGUGCAGUUCUUCCCGCUGGAGGCGGCGGGGCUGGAGCUGCCGCCGCCGUUCGGGCGCGUGUCGCUGGAGCCGGCGGGCGUGCUGCGCGGGGUGGUGUCGGACGACGCGUGCGCCUCGCGGCCCUGCCACCACAACGCCAGCUGCCACCUCACCUGGAACGACUACAGCUGCGCCUGCCCGCGCGGGUACAAGGGCAAGCAGUGCACCGAGGUCGAGUUCUGCCAGCUGCAGGACUGCCCGCUCAACUCGCACUGCCGGAACCUGGACGGCGGAUACGAGUGCGUAUCGAACGCGACGUUCGACGGCGUGAACACCACACUCAGCUACCGGCUGCGCGUGCCGCAGACCGUCGGCAUCGCGGCCGACACGCUCGACCUGCCCGAGUCGCUCACCAUCACGUACAGGAGCAAGAUGGGCGGCACCUUGCUGCACGCGGAGAGCGCGGAGGGCGGGCGCUCGUCGUGGUUCAGCGUGGGGCUGUACCGCGAGCAGGUGGCCGUGCAGUGGCGGGUGGGCGGCGCCGCGCUGCCCGCGCUGCGGCGCCUGCGCCCGCGCAAAGACCACACGCACUGGACCACGCUGCGGCUGGCGCUGGCCAGGGGCUCCAUACGCGGCGUGUUCGUGGAGGCGGACGGGCACGAGGAGCCGGGCUUCACGGCGCCCAUCGACGUGUCGGCGUGGCAGCAGCUCAUGCUGUACGGCCAAAUCCACCUGGGCGGGCUGCGCCCCGCCGCCCAGCACGCGACCACCACGCCGCCCACCACCACGGCUGUCACGGUGGAAGGCUCGACGGAUCCUUCAGUCUGGGAAUAUACAGAGGGAGAUGACUUAAGCACUGAUAACCUCGCCGGCGAAUAUUUCAAGGGCUGCAUGGGCGCGGUGCACGUGGGCUCGCUGCUGCUGCCGUUCUUCACGGAGGAGCAGCUGUUCGUGGGCGCCGCCGCCGCGAUGCUGGCCGCGCAGCCGCACUACGCGCUCACGUCGGGGGCCCCGUGGGGAGCCAAGCAGGGCGUGGGCUGCGUGCUGUGCCUGGAGCAGGACUGCGCACGCGGCGGACACUGCGCGGACGUGCGCUCCUCCUACGCCUGCGCCUGUCCGCCCGGGUACUCCGGGGACUACUGCCAGGUGGACAUAGACGAGUGCGCGUCGAACCAGUGCCAGAACGGCGCCACCUGCCAGGACGGCGUCGCCAUGUACACCUGCCUGUGUCCCGAGGGCUUCGACGGGGAGCUAUGCGAGAACGACAUCGACGAGUGCCUGUCGAUGCCGUGCGAGAACGGCGGCACGUGCGUGGACCAGCGCGGCGGGUACACGUGCGCAUGCGCCGCCGAGUGGCGCGGGCCGCGCUGCGGGACGCCGCGCACGCGCUCGUGCCUGCAGCAGCCCUGCGCGCCCGCGCGGGCGCGCUGCCUGCAGCAGCCGCCAGACCCGCCGACGGGCAACAACUACACGUGCGAGUGUUUCGAAGGCUUCGAGGGCGUGCACUGCGAGGACGCCUUCUGCGAGGUGCGGCCCUGCAAGCACGGCAAAUGCAACGUCGAUGUUAAGCCGCCGGCGUGCGAGUGCGAGGAGGGCUACAGCGGGCGCUACUGCGAGACGGAGCGCGACGAGUGCCUGGAGGGCGGCGCCGCCGCCUGCCUGCACGGCGGCCGCUGCAUCGACUCGCGCGGGACCUUCCUCUGCGACUGCACCAACACCGGAUGGAAGGGCCUGCGUUGCGAGGUGGACGUGAACGAGUGCGCCGAGGGGCUGGUGCGCUGCGGGCCCGGCCAGUGCGUCAACCUCGACGGCGGGUACAUCUGUCACUGCACGCCCGGGUUUUGCGGUAACGACUGCGCGCUGCAGGACCCGUGCCUGCAGCCCACGGAGGUGGUGGCGGGGGCGGGGGCGGGGGCGGGCGGCAACAGCACGGGCCCGUGCCUGCACGGCGGCCGCUGCGAGCAGCGCUGUGCACAACACACCGACUACGUGUGCCACUGCCAGGACGGCUGGGGAGGGAAGAACUGCUCGCAACAGAGCGUGGCGGAGGGCUCGGCGGGGUCGGGCGACAACGCGACGUCCAUCCUGAUCGGCGUGGGCGCGGCGCUGCUGGCGCUGGGCGUGCUGGGCGCGGGCGUGGCGGCGCUGGGCGCGCAGGCGCGGCGCAAGCGCGCCACGCGCGGCACGUACUCGCCCUCGGGCCAGGAGUACUGCAACCCGCGCGCCGAGAUGAUGCACCACGCGCUCAAGCCGCCGCCCGAGGAGAGGCUCAUAUAGAAUAACGCGGCUGCCAGAAGACAGACGCUAACAUGAACAAACAUAACACAUUUUAACAUGAGACUCGUCGCAUAUCAACCAAAUGUGUGUGUGUAUGUGUGUGUGUAUCUGUGUGAGAAUUGUACCUGUGCGCGUUUAUAUGACGACAUUUGUUGUGAAUGCUGUGUGAACGUCGAGUGAGAGAGUUAUUUAAUUCCUAGUUAUAAGAUUAGUAUUAAGCUUUUAAUAAUCAUGUACUUAAGCAGUGAUAACUCCUAUAAUUUUUAUAAAUAUAUUAUAUUAAUAAGCAUUUUAUACGAAUUAUGAAUGAGCUCACUGCGAUCGUCAACAUUCCACCCGCGAGGGGAUUUACAUUUUAUAUUAUGACAAAUUAUAAACUAUUAUUGUAGGCCUAAGUUAAGUAGACUCUUAGAAUUAAAUGAAACGAGUAUUAUAAUACAAUGUAGCAAUUGAGAUGAAAUGUACCAAUUUAUAGCGUCGUGCCUAAGCUUGAAACUUUUGUAUGUCGACGUGAGAUUUUAAACAAAUUGUAUUUAAUUCGAUAAGUAUUAUUACGUAGUUUGAGUCCUGAUGGCAGAUAUAAGAAGAAAUGAAAUAGUCUGAGUCGGUAUAUACGGGGAGUGGUUUAGUAUAGCCCCGCGCAGCUGUACUGUAGCGGCGGCCGGUACUGCGUAGCCGGACCUCUGUACAAUCUAACUUAUAUUCAUGUCUAUAUAGUUGUAUGUAGUCAUCGGCUCAAUCAGACCCGCUGGUGCGUCUUAGUUUAAGGUGUAAAUGUAAGUGGUAAUAAAAGCGUGCAAGAUUCUAAAUUACUUGGUAGUGGAGGCGUACCUCGCCCGCGGCGCCCGGCCGGCCCGCAGGGCGGCGGGCCGCGGCGACCCGUCCGUGCCUUAACGACAAGUCUGUAUAUUGUACUUAUACAUUUGUAAACGAUAAUAAUUACUCUAAGUUAAUCUGAUCACUGGACUAACUAGAAUUAGUACAUGUAGUGUAAGUGUACAGUAGUGUACGAGUAAUGUUCAAUCAGUGUUCAUGUAACAGAGUGUAGGGGCUAGUACUUACUAUAACGGAACCAGUAUCGUUGUUCUUACUCGCUAAACUUGCAGACAUUCCAACUUGCACUAUCAUUUAUUUUUUGUUAUUUCUUAGAUCUCUUAUAAAAUUGCUGUUAUAAUUUCUUUGUUUGUAGCAGCCAAUAUUAUAAAUUGUGAUAUUUUCAGUUUUGUGUAGCAAUAAAAGAAAUAAGAAUACGUAUUUAUACUGCGAUUAUAAUUUGUUUUUAUAUGAAUAUGAUAUUUGGAUGUAACGUAAGAGAUAACUAUAUAAAUGAUGUAUCAGGAUAUGGCAGCGCCCCGCGCCCCGCGCCCUCGUCACAAAGGGCCCGCGCGGGGGACGCCGCAAGCAAUGUUACCGUCCACUGUAAGCGUAGUUCGACAAGCAUUUGUGUGUUAUUGCACGUCGCCUAUUGGCGUUCUACUCAAUAAAUGGACUUCAACGGCGAA